UGGCGAAUGCCACAGAGGAGACGAGCCUGGUGGGAGCGAACAGUGUCCAUGCUGCCUGCUGGGUUCAUAAGUGGCUCGUGUAUUCUGUCACGGAAUACGUGGAGAGAAGAACCCAGAUGCAGGCAGGCAGUGAAGGGGUUAACAAAAACAAGACUAAUUUAAACAAAGAACCAAAACACUGCACAAACAAAACACCCACGAUGGGGAUAACAAAACUAAAAAAAUACAAACAAAACAAAAGACUUCCCACGAAGGGGAAAAACAAAAACAAGGACAACAAAAAACUAAACUAAAAGACACGACCAAACAUCUAACAUCAAAACACGAAAGGGUAAACCACAAAACUCACAGACGACGGGCAAGGCUGGGAACAGGAACACUGGACAAGGUGGAUAGCACAAAACAGUCAAUACUCAACGUAACAGUACACAGACCAAACGUAAUACAUGAGCACAGGACAAGGAAACAAGAGGGCAUUAAAUAGGGUAAGACAAACGAGGGAUAAUAACAAAGGGCAGGUGAGGGUAAUGAAACACAGCCGGGAAACAAUACAGGAAACGAGAGGGGCGGGGCCAAUGACGAGACACUGGAGAGAACGCAUAUUAUUGUCAAAAGGACAACAAUAUGUUUCUCUCCACACAUAACCAAAGACUUUGUCAUGGCUCUGCCUCAGGAGCAGGAAAUCCAAGACUAGGUGAGGCAGAACCAUGACAAUCACAGUAUAGAGAGCUAAGUUUUUUUUUUUUUUGAACGAGUAGAAAAGAGAUAGAAGUCAGUUAGUGACUUCUAGCUAUAGGCUACUGCGUUUUUUUACAAGAAAAAAACAUUAAGUAAAAACUGUAAAGAGUCUUCACUGGAGAUCAGCUGUGUGUUUCUUCUGAUUUUGAAGUUCCAGGAAAUCGUUCAAAUAAAAAGACUACAUAUAAGGAUUACGGCUUUAAAUACAGAAUGUACACCAACAAACAGCGUCAGGUUUAUCACUGCAUUGGUCUCAUGUUCUUCUUGUCGGUAGUGAUGUUUACUAUCAUCCAGAUUGAACACAUCAGCUUACAAAAGGCCUCGGAGCCGGAGAGAAUUGAAAGACAGACGCGAAUGGAGAAAGAAAUAGACCUGCAAAAUAAGAGCACCCACUCCGUUUCUGUAAACUUCAGUACGGAGAUCAUGCAAAGAAUGGAAUUGCUCGCAGAACAUCCCAAAGAAUCCACAACAUGGGAUAUCAUCAGCUCCAACUGCAGCGCCAGCCUCAGUUUCUUAUCCACAGAAUGGUUCACAAGUCUUAACUCCGAUUUUAAGCAAUUUCUGCUCUACCGGCAUUGCCGAUACUUUCCUAUCCUCAUGAAUCACCCAGUCAAGUGUGCCGGAGAUGUGGACUUGUUGAUGGUCAUCAAGUCUGUGAUAACACAAUAUGAUCGCAGAGAGGUGAUAAGACAAACUUGGGGCAAAGAGCAGACUAUCAAUGGGAAAAAUAUCAAGAUCCUUUUCCUUCUUGGGACAUCUUCCAAUGAAGGAGAGAGAGCCAACCAUCAAAAACUUCUGGAAUAUGAGAAUUACAUUUAUCAGGACAUUCUUCAGUGGGACUUCAUGGAUAGCUUCUUCAACCUCACCCUAAAGGAGAUUCACUUCCUGAAAUGGUUCUCCAUGUACUGCAGAAACACAAGCUACAUCUUCAAAGGAGAUGAUGACGUGUUUGUCAACGUUCCCAACAUCUUGGAGUAUCUGGAGGCAAGCAAAGACUUGAAAGACCUUUUUGUGGGUGAUGUUCUUUUUAAAGCCUAUCCCAUUCGUAAUAAGAUGAGCAAGUACUACAUCCCUGAAGUCUUGUAUGAAAAGAACUACUACCCACCGUAUGCUGGUGGAGGUGGUUUCCUGAUGAAUGGUCCCCUUGCGCGUAAACUCUACGGAGCAUGUGAAACUCUGGAACUUUAUCCCAUCGAUGAUGUGUUUCUUGGGAUGUGUCUAGAAGUGCUUCAGGUAAAACCAGUUCAGCACAAUGCAUUCAAAACCUUUGGGAUUGUUAGGAAUGAAAACAGUAAGAUGAAUAGGGAGCCAUGCUUUUUUAGGGACAUGAUAGUGGUACACAAACUGCUCCCACCAGAUCUGAUCAACAUAUGGAGUCUGAUCUAUAGUGACUUAGAUUGUUCAAAGAAAAUUUGAACAAAUUUUGUAGUGAAAGACUGUGAUUAAUCAUGAAUAAUAAUUUUUAACGUAAAGUGGUAUGCCUUAACAUUUUCAACUGUCUUUGUCAUUUGAGCAUAAACAGGGCUACAAACUGGUAAAUAGGCUUUCUAAAUCCUCCAACAAUCCAUUUUGCUUUUGUUUGUGCAAUUUCUCAAGGUUUACAAAUGUCUUCAUAUGUGACUACUGCUCUGUAUCCAAGUCAUGGCCACGAGGUGGUGUGACACUAUCUCUUGUUUGCUUUAAAUAAAUAAUGUGAU